GUUUGUAUUCACAGGGGACUGCCCAGCUCCCCCCACAACAGCCCAUAAUAUGCACAAGCCCAUGGCUACAGGUCGUCGCCUUAAUCAGCAGGGAAACAGCAAGCUCCGCAAGCAGAGGAGAAGAGAAUCUGUGCUGGGUGAGAGAACUGACACUCAAAGGUGCAAAAAGGUGACAAGCAUGGCAGAGUCUGCAGGACAGCCACAUGUUCAACUUCAAGCAGCAACAGACCUGAAUGAUAAGGAACCAAAAUCACAUGGAGGGGAAGAGUCAGGGCAGGUGGCGGAAGAAGCAGGCCCCACUAUCCACAUAGAUAAGGACCCUAAUGCUGAGGGCAGCCAUGGAUCUGGGGGUAUGAAUGGUGAAGCAGUGAAAGAUCCAGAUGAAAUAAUGUCAAAUAGUCCACAGGAACCUCCAGAGAGACAAGGAGAAAAGCAAGUGGCAGAGGAUGAACCUCCUCAGCCUCAAAUUGAACAGGAACCUCCAGGGGUUCAAGAAGAAAAGCAAGAGGCAGAGGAGAAACCUCUUCAGCCUCCAAUGGAAAAUGAACCUGCUGGUGAUCAGCUCUUACAGUUGGACUUGGGAGACAUCUCUAAGGAAGGUAGUGAGGUAGAAGUUCCACAACUAGAAACAGGGGGUGAACAUGCUGAUAAAGAAGAAGAGAUAAAUGAGGUAGAAAAAGGAAUUGAGAAUGAAAGCAGUGAAAGCAGUGAGAGCAGUGAAGGGUCCUCCAGUAGUGACGAGGAAGAGGAGAAGGACCAAGAUGCAGCUGGGGAAGAGGAGAGGGAGCAAGUUGUAGAAGCUGGGGAAGAGGAGAAGGAGAAAGUUGUAGCAGCUGGGAAAAAGGAGAAGGGGCAAGGUGCAGCAGCUGGGGAAGAGGAGAAGGGGCAAGGUGUAGCAGCUGGGGAAGAGGAGAAGGGGCAAGGUGUAGCAGCUGGGGAAGAGGAGAAGGGGCAAGGUGUAGCAGCUGUUGAAGAGGAGAAGAGGCAAGGUGUAGCAGCUGGGGAAGAGGAGAAGGGGCAAGGUGUAGCAGCUGGGGAAGAGGAGAAGGGGCAAGGUGUAGCAGCUGGGGAAGAGGAGAAGGGGCAAGGUGUAGCAGCUGGGGAAGAGGAGAAGGGGCAAGGUGUAGCAGCUGGGGAAGAGGAGAAGGGGCAAGGUGUAGCAGCUGGGGAAGAGGAGAAGGGGCAAGGUGUAGCAGCUGUUGAAGAGGAGAAGAGGCAAGGUGUAGCAGCUGGGGAAGAGGAGAAGGGGCAAGGUGUAGUAGCUGGGGAAGAGGAGAAGGGGCAAGGUGUAGCAGAUUGGGAGGGGGAGAAGGAGCAAGAUGCAGCAGCUGGAGAAGCAGAGAAGGAACAAAUUGUAGCAGCUGGGGAAGAGAAGAAUGUGCAAGAUGGAGCAGUUGGGGUAGAGCCAAAAGAGCAAGAUGUGGUAACUACAGAGCAUGCAGGUGAGGGAGAAAUUAAAAUAGAAAAAGAUUUAGCAGCUGAGGAGCAAGGGGUUGAGGGGCACACAGAGGAGAAUCAGCAAGUAAUUGAGGACAAGGAGGAUAGUGAGGAUGAAGAAGAAAAAGAAGAAGCUGAAGAGCAAUCAGGAGAGGUAGGAGAACAAGAGUAUUUAGAAGACGAUAAGAAAGAAAAAGCUGAUGGAAGUGCAGAGGGUCCUACUGCAGGGGAAGGAGAUGUGGGGUCAGACACAAAAAUGCAGGACAAAGAUAGGAAACAGGGAGAGAGUGUCCCAUCAGAAGAAAACAAAAGUGGGGAGAAUGAAGUGAAAGAAAGCCAAGGAAACAAUGCAGAGUUGGUGGAACCUUCUGGUGCAGGAGAAGAUGUGCUGGAUGCACCUCAGGUGGACAAUGUAAAUCUAAAAGAACCUUCAGCAGAAGAUGAAAACAAAACAAAUGUUCCAUCUCAGGUAGACUUGGUGAUAGAACCAAGUGAUGUUCCUGAACAGUCCCCUGAAGAUCCCUAUGCUAGAACAGAAGAGAGUGUAUUACAGGAGGAAGGACACACAGCAGAGGAGACUCUGAAUGCAGAGCCUGACACUGGAGGUGAAACAAAUAUCAAAGAAAAUGGUAUGAGCCCCACCAGUAGCCCAGAGACACAAUUUCUGACCCCUGAAGCCCUCCAGGAACAUGACAUAUCACUUUUUGUCAAGGCUGGCAGCGAUGGAGAAAGUAUCGGCAACUGCCCGUUCUCCCAGCGUUUGUUUAUGAUCCUUUGGCUGAAGGGUGUGAUAUUUAAUGUCACCACGGUGGACCUCAAGAGAAAACCGGCAGACUUACAGAACUUGGCUCCCGGGACAAAUCCACCUUUUAUGACAUUCGACGGAGAAGUUAAAACUGAUGUAAAUAAAAUCGAAGAGUUUUUGGAAGAAAGAUUAACAAUGCCCAGAUACCCCAGACUUGCACCAAAGCACCCCGAAUCCAGCUCAGCUGGGAAUGACGUAUUUGCAAAAUUCUCAGCCUACAUUAAGAACCCUAGGAAAGAUCUGAAUGUUGUUUUAGAGAAAGGCUUCCUAAGGUCCUUAAAAAAACUAGACGACUUUUUGAAUGCACCACUGCCUGAUGAGAUUGAUGCCUACAGCACUGAGGACAUCACCGUCUCCAGCAGGAAUUUCCUGGAUGGGAAUGAACUGACUUUAGCAGACUGCAAUCUUUUACCCAAGCUCCAGAUUAUUAAGGUUGUAGCCAAAAAGUACAGGAACUUUGAGAUCCCGACCGAAAUGAUGGGCAUUUGGAGAUACCUGCAUAAUGCUUACGCCCGAGAUGAGUUCACCAACACGUGCCCGGCUGAUUCUGAGAUUGAAUAUGCCUAUUUGGGAGUUGCCAAAAAAAUCCAGUGAGAAUGAAAAGCACACAGGGCCCAUGUAUCAGAAACACCUCCAAGCAGUAAACCCCUUCUGUUAAGGUUACAACGUGGGUCAAAACUGAUACUAUUUACCAAACGUGGCAGAAAUUAAAUUGAUCACAUCUAUGUUUGUUUGAUGGAAAUGUACAACCUUGGCAACAGAUAAUGGUCAUGUAUGGGGGUAUGGGAUCUGUUAUCCAGAAAUCUCAGUUAAUGGGAUUCUCCAUAAAAGAGUUCCUUGUGUCAUGUAAAAGCACCAUACCUUAAGACUACUAAAACAUUUAAGUGUUAAAAAUCAGCAUCAAUUUAUGCAGUUUGAUCACCAUGAAGAACAAAGUAUGUUCCUAUUAAUACAGAGAAAUAGCAAAUCUGUCAAAAACAAGACCCUUUUGUAUAAAUAGGAAAUGCAAAAGUAUGGCUGCACUUUGGAGCUUUCCUGGAAAUCACAUUUCUGGAAAACAGAUCCCGCACCUAUCCCUUUGAGGAACUAGAGUUUAAUGCUUGAACUUGAUUCAAACGAUGGAAUCCUGACAAGUCCAAUGUUUUACUUCUUGUUUGCCAAAAAUGUAUUUAUAUUGCCACAUUCUACAUUAUACCUUGCUGAGGGUAUGACUAGUUUUAAGUUUUUUACAAAUUAAGCAAUGUGUUUGACAUAUGUAGAAUUUUGUCAGGGAAAUCAAUGACUUGAGCCCAUAAUCUCUAAAGUCAACCUUGGGAAUUGUUAGCAAAGAAGAGGUUCCUCAACUGUGGGGUUGUCCAUCUUGGAGGCUUGGAGUAUGGGCAGUUGGGUUCAGCCGGAAGGCCAAUUAACAUGAGAAUUGGAGAGACUAGAAACUUGCUCUCCUAGAUACACCUAAAAGCCCAACUUGAGGGUCAGUAAGGAUGAGAUACAUGAGUAUGAAUGACUGAUUAUAUUUUUCUAUAUUGUUGCUCAUUUCAUGAGGUUAGGGAGACCCUUACCAAAGGUGGGUCCUUCAAGUGGGACUUGACCUGAGUUUGAUAACCAGUAAUCUAAAAUGAUGCAAUGCCCAUGAAAAUAUCAAAAGAAAAGUGUUAAAGGAUAUCCACUAGUUUUUUUGUUUUAUUCAGUCUUGACUCCUAUCAUCCUUACAAGAUAUUGAAGACCUCUCUGGACUCUGCUGUAAACAAUUUCAUUUUUGUACAUGAUUUACCUUUGGAGAUGAAUCACUGCAUCACACAAAAGCCACAAUGAAAUCAAAGUAAAUUAAACCCAUAUUUUUGGGAUCUGGGAUUCUGACAUCUUACUUAUGAUGCCCCACAAUGCCAGAUGGAGCACUAGGGACUAGGUGGAAAACGGUUCUAUUUAUGCAUUAUAAAAAGCUUCUGUCCUUAAAGACAAGAUGUUCUACCUUUUGCAAAGAGUGAUUCAUUCAUUCAUAUGUAGGGGAUGGGAGCAACCAUUGUCUUUGCCUGACUCGGAGAUAGAUUAGGCAGAUAUAGCAGAGCUUCUCCUAGGUUCCAAGAGCAGAUGGCCCUCUCCUCAAUUUCAAGGUAAUAACAAAGUACAAUAUAUUUGGCAAAGGAUAUAACUCAUUUCUGUAUUUAAUAUAAGGACCACAUAUAAGGUCUUUUCCUCCAAUAUAGUAGAAUAUUAUAGGAGAUCAUUAUAGGAGUUAUAGCCUUUCUUUUUUUUUACUUGAAACAAUUAUAGAUAACAGUUCUUAUUCGUAUUCAACAUAGCUCAGAAGGACCACAAGUGAUUUUAACCUAUAUACUCUGGUAUGUUGAUGACAAAAAUGAAUCUGUUUUCUAAGCUUUCUAGGAUUUUUGAUCAUUAUGCCAUGUUCUAAACGGGCAGCGAAGGUGAAUGGUGUUCUUCUACAAUUGCUAGAAUAUCAAAGGUUGCCUCCCCUUUCAUAAUGCAAACCUGCAAAAAUGUUUGUAAGUCCAAGUCUACUACAGUUGAUGUACUGGAAGACCAUUAAAAUGACCAGUAUCCUGAUCACAUAUAUAUAUGCUAAUAAUCUCCAACCUGUGCAGUUCAUGAAUCUUUGACUGCAGUAUAUCACAUUUUGCUGACAUUACUAAUAGUCUUUGCUCUUGGUCUAGUAUCCCAAAGGGACCAAUGAUCAAUCAGAUUAUUUCAAACAAAAGACCUGUGUAUGCUACAUGCUGGUUGCUAUUGUGGUUACUAGAACUGGGGAUUACAGAGGUUUUGCAUAUAUAUAUAUAUAUAUAUAUAUAAUAGUGACAUAAAUAAGGAUGUGGCUGCCACCAGAGAGCAAGAAAAGGUCCAUUGACUGGAACUACCUUGAGUCUGGAACCUGUUGGACAGCACUGCCUUAACCCUGAAGACCCCACACGUGUCAGCAUCAGCGAUGUUAAUUGACUUAAGUUGAAAUAUUCUACUUAAUCGUUGUUUAGCCAAAAACCUGGCCUGUUUCUAGAUCUGAACUUGGAGACCCAACCUAAUAUGCCGAGGCCCUACUAUUGCUUAUAUUUAGCCUUCUACCAAUUCUAGACUUGUUUCUCGGCGACACGUGUCCAUGUAAGCUGUGAGAUCUCUAAGGGCUAAAUGUAGGUGUUGAUAUACUGUAGCUGUAAGUUCCAUUACUGGUCACUCUCAGUUGUUUCUCAUGUACCUGAUGUAUUCUAUGCUCACAUGCCUUAAAGAUUUAUAAUGAAAUAAAAGAUCUAAACCAUA